AAUGACUGCAGAAAGAGAGGAAAUUUUGGGGAUUGUAAAGAUGGCGGAGACAAGAGCAAGAGAAAAAAUGAAAAAAAAAGAAAAAAAAGAAAAAAAACAAGAAAUCAAAAAAACAAAAAAAAGGAAGGCGAGUCCAACAUCGUCUUCGGAGACAGAAACAGCUACUGACAGUGAAACUUCUACCUCUGAGUCUGAGACUCAACAAGACUCAGAGGAUUCAGCAAGAAAACACCCCAUCAAAAAGGGGAAAAAAAUGGACUCCAGAAAAAGAAAGCAGAGGCAAGAGGAGCCAGAUUCUGAUUCAGAAUCUGAAUAUGAACAAAGUGAUGAGAGCGAAGAAUCAUCACCUGCAGAGAAGGAGAAGGAGAAGAAAAAAACAAAAACAACACCAAAAAAGUAA